GAAGACUGACUCUAGUGAAGUAAUACAAAUUGAUUCUUGAAAAAUCUCUAAAUUAUAUCUUAGGCGGGUUUGGAGGGAAAAUUUCUCUGUUUCAUUUUGUUUUCUUCGAUUUCUACGAAAUUUUUUACUUCUUCUUUCUGCUGGCUGGCUAAUACUCACUCUUGCCAUUUUCAUAACCUUAAUAACCACUUUAACCUUAACCCUAGACCCCAACAUUAACUCACUUGUCUUGUACAUUUUUCUUCAUUUUAGCUUCAUUCUUCCCAUACCCAUCUCCUCUUUUCAGAGCCCAAAUUCAUUGCCAUCACACUUUAUUGUUAAGAAAAAAGUCAUUUUUGUCAGAUCUGAGUAUACCUCUUUCUUCUUGAUUUCACUUAGUUAUGGUCCCUUUCUUCUUUUUUUGAGUACAAUGGGGUGUUAUAAAUGAACCCUUUUUGGCAUUUCACUUACUUUCUUGGACUUUACUAUAAUCUUUUUUGAAUAAAAAUAUAGCAUGUCAUCGGAAAAGUUCAGCCAUGGUGGUGGUGGCAAUAGUGGGGUUAUUGGGAAUGGCUUUGAUCCAAGUAAUCUUCAUUUGAAAAAAGAAUUAACCCAAAUCAAGAAAGCUGCUAAAGUGUUGAGAGAUCCAGGGACCAGUUCCUCUUGGCGUUCACCACUUAACUCUGCUAGAUCUGUAGCUACAGCAGAAGCACGCAAGCAUCAUUAUUUUCAUCAUCAUAAGGGUAGUAAUCCUACUAAGCAUCAAGUUAGUGGCUCUUUUGAUGCUAAAGGAACUAUCUUUGAGCAAGUUGAUAGAAAUGGUGCCACUGGAAAUAAUGGGAAAGAGAAAAAAGUGUUUCUUUAUAAUUGGAGGUCACAAAAGUCCGAGAGUGAAAGGAGUAGAAAACUAGGUGAUGAGGAAGAUAUUGGAAAUGGCAAUGAUGAUGGGUCUUCUUCAACUCCAGAGGAGAGUGUGGAGGAUAGUUUGAGUGAUGCGCGGCAUGGUGGCAAUGAUUCCAAGAGUGAUACUUAUGUAAGUGAUAGGUAUGCUUCAACGAUUUUAAAGUGUAAAGAUACUAACUUUAUGCCAUCUAUUAGACGUAACAUGAAGAAAAAAUCAAGUAGAAGUAAUUAUUCUAGUGCUGUUUUAAAACAUCAUAGUGAAAAGUUGCAGUUGCAGCAACAAAUUGUUCCUAGUAGGAUUUCUAGAAGAGCGUCGGAGGGUUUAGGUACAGGGAGGGAUGAUUCCACGAGUUUGGUUGAUCAAUCUGAUGAUACUGAGGAUUAUUGUAAUUCUGAGGAUAUAAGGAGGAUUUCUGCAGCUUCACCAUUGCUUGCGAAGAUUAAGAAUAGGAAUCGGGCUUAUUGGUCAUCUAAGUUGAGAAAUAGUGGGAGGGAGGAUUCGUCUUAUACAUAUAGCACCCCUGCAUUGUCUACAAGUUCUUUCAACAGAUAUGCUAUUCGAAAUCCAAGUACUGUUGGGUCAUGGGAUGCCACAACGGCUUCUCUCAAUGAUGGGGAUGAUGAGGUGGAUGAUCAGCUUGAUUUGCCUGGUCGACAGGGAUGUGGGAUUCCUUGUUGGUCCAGGAGGUCAACACCAAAAUAUAGGGGUGGGGGUGGGAGUUGUUAUUCACCAUCCUUUUCUGAUACUUUGAGGAGGAAAGGAAGCAGCAUUUUGUGUGGAAGUCAAACUAUGUAUCAAAGAAGACGCCGCGGAUCAUCUUUAGGUUACACCAAGAGGAGACACAGUUCGAGGAAUGGUGCUCAAGGCCUCAUUCCAUUGCUAACCAAUGGUGAUGGACAAGGAUUAUCCUCAAUGGGAACUGGACAUAGUGAUGAUGAGCUCUCCACAAACUUUGGGGAACUUGAUCUCGAGGCAUUGAGUAGGUUGGACGGGAAGAGGUGGUCUACUAGCUGCAGAAGUCAAGAUGGACUAGAGCUGGUGGCACUGAAGGGAGAAGAUGGAGAGGAGGGCUCCCCGGAAAAUAUCAGAAGCUUGAGCCAGAAGUACAGGCCUAUGUUUUUCGAGGAAUUAAUUGGGCAGAACAUUGUUGUUCAGUCCUUAGUGAAUGCAAUCUCCAGGGGACGAAUUGCCCCUGUUUAUCUUUUCCAGGGCCCACGAGGGACUGGAAAGACAUCAACAGCAAGAAUUUUCACUGCUGCUUUGAAUUGCCUUGCCUCUGAAGAAACUAAACCCUGUGGUGUCUGCAGAGAAUGUGCAGAUUUCAUGUCGGGGAAAUGUAAGAAUCUUAGAGAAGUUGAUGGGACGAACAAAAAAGGAAUUGAUAAAGUUAAAUAUCUUCUGAAGAAUCUGGCAGCAAGUCAGCAAUCAUCUUCAGGAUUCAAGGUUUUUGUUGUUGAUGAAUGUCACUUGCUGCCUUCAAAGACAUGGCUAGCAUUCCUGAAGUUCCUUGAAGAACCACCACCAAGAGUUGUCUUCAUAUUUAUAACUACUGAUCUUGACAAUGUGCCGCGUGCUGUAUUGUCUCGGUGUCAGAAGUACCUUUUCAAUAAAAUUAGGGAUGGUGAUAUUGUGCUCAGAUUAAAGAAGAUUUCUUCCGAUGAGGAUUUGGAUGUGGAGUCAGAAGCAUUAGAUUUGAUUGCUCUAAAUGCAGAUGGAUCACUUCGAGAUGCAGAAACUAUGUUAGACCAGCUCAGUUUGUUGGGGAAACGAAUCACUACUUCUUUGGUUAAUGAUCUGAUUGGUGUGGUUUCAGAUGAGAAGUUACUGGAACUUUUAGAGCUAGCCAUGUCAUCAGACACUGCAGAAACAGUGAAAAGAGCCCGGGAAUUGUUGGAUUCAGGUGUUGAUCCAAUAGUUUUGAUGUCUCAAUUGGCUACUCUCAUCAUGGAUAUAAUUGCUGGAACUCAUCCAAUAGUUGAUGCAAAGCAAACUGAUAUCUCUGGCGGUAAAAGUUUGAACGAGACAGAACUGGAUAGAUUGAAGCAUGCACUAAAGCUUCUUUCUGAGGCAGAGAAACAACUAAGGGUUUCAAGUGAACGUUCGACUUGGUUUACAGCAACCCUGCUGCAGUUGGGUUCUGCUACUUCACUAGAUCGAACUCAUUCAGGAAGCAGUCACAGGCUGAGUUCUAAGACAACAGAGGAAGAUCCUUCUAGUAGAGAAGCUAUAUCCCUGAGGCAGAGAACUGAUAUUCACCAUGCACCAUGUAAGUCAGGUUCUCCCUCAUCUUUUGCGAAAGCCAACCGUCGAAACUCAGCAAAUAGAGAAUUGACACUUUCAUCCAUGAAUGGGGAGCCAUUGGGUGGUCCACAUGAUGACACUAAGGACAGCAAGACAGCAUCUAGGUGCCCCAACACAAACGUGUUGGAUGAUAUCUGGAUCAGAUGCAUUGAUAAAUGCCACUCCAACACUUUGAAGCAAUUGCUUCAUACUUGUGGAACACUUCUGUCGAUCUCUGAAGUUGAAGGUGGUUUUGUUGCUCAUAUUGCCUUUCGUGAUAGCAAGGUUAAAUUGAGAGCAGAGAGGUUUCUUAGCAGUAUCACGAAUUCAUUUGAAACUAUUUUAAGGAGCAAUGUAGAGGUUAGACUUGUUCUGCUACCAGAUGGGGAGACAUCUGAUGAUAGUGUAAAGCCAAUUACAUUGAUCAAUUCUGGAGGUUUGAAACAGAUGGGUUCUCAAAAUAAUAUGGUGAAGAGGGAAAUAGCAGUUAGCUCAAAUCAGGAUCCGCUGCAGGUAUCAAGAAGUAGCUUUAAUGAUCCUGAAAGCAAGAUGGUUGAAACUUUUGAGUCAGCAAGUGGAAAUGCUGGAACGAGUAGUUCUAAAGAGGGAAUCUCAGAAAUUCCAGUGCAGAGAAUAGAAUCCAUCAUACGUGAGCAGAGGUUAGAAACAGCAUGGUUACAAGCAAUGGAGAAAGGCACUCCUGGAUCAAUGAGUCGCCUGAAACCUGAGAGGAACCAAGUCCUGCCACAAGAUGGUCUUUAUCAUAACAACCAACUAGAACCAAUUAAUUCAAGGGAACUGUCCUCCCAGCAUUGGCAUGAUGAUCUAAAUGAGGAAAUUAGAAGUCUGAAGAUGAUUGACGGAAAGGCUGUUCAGAAGGAUCAGACCAGUAAAAAGGGCGACAGUUAUCCCAUUUCACCAAGUUUGUUGCAUAAUGGCAUAUAUGGCAGUAAUUUCAGCAAAGAGAGCAUGGGUUAUGAAUCAGGACCUGGAGCUGGAGGUUGUUUCUGUUGGAACAACAGCAGACCCCAAAGAAGGGGCAAGGUUAAACAAGGGACCCCUGUGAGACCACCUAAAGGUGGACGGUUCUUAUGGUUUGGGGAGUGUGCAAAACCAAGGAGAACAGAGAGUAGAUUGAGAAGAUAGCAUUGAAGCUCCAGAUUAAGAAUGUUCAUUUUCUUUUAGUUGGUCUACUGUAUUUAUUCCAUCUGCUGGGGCCAUUCUAUUCUUUCAUGGAUAUCAAGCUCAUUAAAGGAUUAUGUAAAGUUGUUGCUCUGGGCUUCUGAAAUUUCCUUUAGUCCAGUCAGUUCAGUGAAAUUAAUAAAAGGUCAAUUAGGAAACAUUUUUCUCUUGCUAUUGAGUACAUCUUUAUUACCUUC